AUGUUGGUGGGGUCCGUGGGGGCCCCUGUGUGGGGGAAAAAAAAAGAACCGGGCGGCCCCGCCCGCAAGAACACCGCGAAUCAAAGCAUCAAGGCGCGGAUAGAAAAAAUGUCCAUUGGUUGCACAUGGUGUCAGAGGAACAAGGUUUUAAAUGAGCUUGAUCUUAAGAAGCAGUUCGCAAUAUCACCAGCCUCUACAUCAGUGGAAGCCGGGUCUGCAGCAUCAUUACGCUGUUCGCCACCAAGCGCUGCACCAUCUCCGAGGAUAUCCUGGCUAAAGAAUGGCAUCCCACUCCAGCAAGACCAUAAUGUACUUAUUUCUGCUGAAGGCAACUUGCUGAUAUCGAGGGCUUCUUUGCAGGACAUGACAAACUACAGUUGCGUGGCUGAGAACAUAGCCGGUAAAAGAAUUUCUGAGCCUGCUACACUUACAGUAUAUGUAAACGGUGGUUGGAGCGCCUGGGGUCCCUGGACGCAAUGCCGAUGCAAUGGAAGAGUAUCGGGUCAACGGCGAACAAGAACUUGCACAGAGCCGCAUGCAUUACACGGUGGGGCCCCGUGUCAAGGACAGAGUGUUCAGAAGACGUCUGACUGUGUACUGUGCCAAAACGCAUCCCCUGGAACCUCUGGUCGUUGGGGCAGCUGGACAGAGUGGUCUGAAUGUGGUUCAGACUGCCGACAGUCCAGGCGAAGGUCCUGUGUUGGAGACACGUGCUCUGGAGCCCAGGUUCAACACGCUGACUGCAUUGGCGACUUCUGUGGAGUCCAUGGAGUCGCUGCUCAUAGUGACAUACCACUGUACAUUGGUAUUGCGGUAGCUGUGGUGGUGUUCCUAGCUGGUGCUGCGGUACUUUACAAGCUUCUACAAAGGAAGACUAGGGACCAUUCACUCUACACCAUGACUAGAACAGACUUCCAACCAGAAAUAUACCCGACGGUGGAGAAGCAGUCCCUAUCCCUGGGUCCAGAUCUGAUGCAGCACCGUCCGCCAAGAUAUGAGCAUCCUCCUCCAGAUCCACGGACGGAGCACCAUUAUGAUGUGCCGCAUUUGACUAAUAGCUACGCAUCACCAGUUGACCAGCAAGUGACCCCGUGCGCGUCCAGCAAAGGCCACAGCGAUGAGUACGACACGAAGCCUUACAGCGAGUCAGAACAUUCCGCCUCCAGCUGUUUCACCAGUUCUGGCUCAAUGUACGACGCGACAAACGAAUCCGUCACAUUACAAUUAGCGGAACUGGUUUCUAAUUCACCCACUUCCCAAUCGUUAUCAGUGUCGAGUUCUGGAGCCAGACUUUCGCUACCAGCUGGGGUCGCUCUUUCGAUACCAGAAGGAGCGCUUGGUAGAGGACGUCGUGAACAAAUAUACGUCGCCGUUGUCAAAGAUGACAGAUACAGAGCGAGACUUGGAAAAGGUAUCACGCAACUGAGUCCAGUAGUUAAAUGUGGCCCGCCUAGACUUCAAUUAAACAAGUCGGUUAUAUUACAAAUACCGCAUUGUGCGAGCCUGAAGCACGGCUUCUGGAACCUGGCUCUUUACGCCAUAGACAAUAACAAAGACAACGCACAGCCUCAUUGGAAGAAAAUCGUCAACCUUGGCCAAGAGACAAUCAACACUCCGGUCUUCACCCAACUCGACACCGACAAAAUAUUCCUAGUGACCGAUAUGCUAUCCACAUUCGUUUUAGCCGGGGAAAGUUUUAAUGGAAAGGCCGUGAAGGCACUCCAAUUAGCCGUGUACGCCCAACCCACAAUUAAUGAUUCAUGCACCGAGUACACUAUCCGUUUCUAUAUAUUCGAAGAUACCCCGUGCGCCACUUAUUACUGUCAAGAACAGGAAAAGAAAUCGGGCGGAGUUCUAUUGGAGCGACCGAAAACGUUGCUAUUCCAAGACGGCGGAUCCAAUUUAUGUUUAACUUUGGAGCACGUCAGCCCCGGAUGGAAAGCGAGACCGGGCGCAGCGUACCAAGAAAUACCUUUCGGCCACAUUUGGGCGUCGAGCUACAACGCCCUGCACUGCAAUUUCACGUUAGACCGAUCAUACGACUGCGACAAUAUCGACUUCACUGUAUCCGCCUGUCAAAGGACGAAUCCCUCGUACAAGCAAACGUUCCGAAUAGCAAUCGACGAUCUGACCCAUUCACCGAGAGGACGCUCGCCGCGCGUAGACGCUAGGAAUUUCAAUAUCACAGAAAAUUUGCUUGAAACGCGAAUGUGCCGGAGCGAGACGAGCGACGACGGAAGCGUGAAACGGAACGUCACCGUAAACGAAGUUGGGGUGAACGAGACCGACGGUCCUUUUAAGUUGAACGUCAGAAUCAAACGUCAACUGUGCUCGAUUCUGGACCCUCCGAACGCUAGGGGCAACGAUUGGAGGGCUCUGGCGAGCAGACUAGGGGUCGAUAGGUACACCACGUGGUUUGCGACUAAGAGUUCUCCUACCGAGGCUAUUUUGGAGCUAUGGGAGUGUAGAGAGCGAGGCGCCGCCGCGAUAUCUUCGCUGGCCACCGCGCUUCGGCAGAUGGACCGCCACGAUGCAGCAGAUCUGCUGCAGAACAGGCCGUCUUGGUUAUGA